CUUCAAUUGUUCUUAAAAAUACUUUCUUAUUUAGUGCUCAAAAGUAUUAAUUUAAAUUAAAUAGUUAGUUAUCACUGUAUACGCGCAUAAGGGACGUCAGGUAUCAAUAGAUUACAAAAAAAAGGAGAUUAAAAAAGAUAAUCAUAGUUCUUAAAUAACUCAAAUCAAAUCCUCUAUUCCAAUAAAAAGGGAAAAUGAUCAACGUUUUCCUAAUUUUAUCACUUCUAUCUUUGGGUUAUGCUGAGGAAGGAUGUCAGCUAUCAAUAGACUUCGAAAAAGGAGAUCUGAAAGAACCAGAACCAUUGAUUUUAAAUGGCACUAAUCAUAUCAUCUAUCCAGAUGAAAAAGGAAUAUUGAAAUUCUCUACCGGACAAACAAUUAUACUAGCUUGUCCCGGUGCAAAAAAUACCUUGGAUGUUCCCUGGGAGUCACAAACUAUUGAAGCAACUUGCUCAAAAGGUAAAAAAUUCACUGUAAAUGGCAAAGCAUAUCCAUUUACUUCAUUCACCUGCAAAAAGCCUACGAAGAGCGUCAUUAAAAAAAGCGGUUCUUGUCUGGGGGAGUUCUCAAAAAUAGAGGUCGGAUUUGACAUUUCAAAAACCUUAAUUCCUGUAAUAGAAAUUUGUCGAAAUAGUAAAACAGACGAAUCCUAUUAUGCAAAAAUACACAUGACCAAAAGCAUCGAUGGGUAUCAAAAAAACAGCGCCAGGCCUAGCUGGGUCACCGACAAACUUUUCAGUGGACACGUAAAUAAUUUCUACACGAAGAAGUCGCAACUACAAACUUUGGCCAAAAUACUGAACUCCGAAGAAUUGGCUGAAAAAUACUUGUCAAAAAAUUCGCUAGCUCGAGGACAUUUAGCUCCAAAGGUUGACUUUGUGUAUGACUCGGAACAAAACACUACAUUUUCUUAUGCAAAUUGCGCACCGCAAUGGACUUCUUUUAAUGGUGGAAAUUGGAAGCAUAUCGAAACUGCUGUUAGGAACUUUGUGGCAGACAAUAAUUUAAAAGUGACAAUUUAUACCGGAGUCCAUGGACAAAUGACUCUUAAGGACAACAAGGAUAAAGAACAAGCUGUAUUUUUAGAUAUUGAUGAAAACAACAAGGGAUACAUAAGGGUACCCAAAUUUUAUUGGAAAAUAAUCUACGACCCAGCUAGUCUUCUAGCAUUUGCCAUUGUUGGAGUAAAUGAUCCUUUCAGCAAAGAAAUUACAAAAGAUAUGUUCUUGUGCAAAGAUAUUAGCGACAGUCCAGAUGCUGCAUGGCUAACGAAAUCGUGGAACACUAGAAAAAGCAUUUCCCAGGGCGUUUCAUACGCAUGUUCGUACGAUGAUUUAAAGAAAGCUGUCGCAACAGUGCCAGAUCUAAAAGUCAAGGGCAUUUUACGCGCUUCUCGCAAAUAGAUUAUACUGUAUUAUUAAGUUUGUUCAGUCUAUGAGAGGUCUUAAUAAUUUAGACAUUAUGUAAACUACAAAAACAAACGAUGGCAAUUUUCCUAAACUAUGGUCAAUAUGUUUAUACAUGUUAUAUAACUCUUUUUAUUAUAGAAAUACUAAUAGAUAUUAAUCAAAGUUUUUAGCGUAAAUUUAAUUCGAUACCUUUAUUAAGUUCGUUACUGUUAAUUACAAAACAAGAAAAACAGGACAGUAAAAAAGUAUGUUAUUGCAAUGAAUACGAAUAUAAAUGAAACUAUUAAUAAUGUACCGUUGGUUUAUUGGUAAUAAAGACAAAUCAAAUCAA